UGACGACAUGAAGAAGGACAUUAUGGCUACUUAUCUCCAUAGUAUAUCAACAGAUGAAAAUCCUAGACACGAGAAUUGUCCUACCGGAGUAGACAGCUGGUGCAAGUGGCAGCAGGCUGAAGCUCUUGGUACGAAGCCUGAACCGCACCCUGCUCCAUUGCACCCUGAUGUACAGAAAGCAAUUCUACCAAUAUACGAAGAUCUGUCUAGAGAUGAGUUACUGUCAAGAUGUUUAGGAGGUCACACGCAAAAUGCAAAUGAAAGUUUUAAUUCGACAGUUUGGCGCUUGGCUCCGAAACAUUUGCAUUGUGGACUGAAAGUAGUCGAAGUAGCCGCAUAUAUAGCUGUUGGCUUAUUCAACGAAGGAAAUUCGGCACUUCUGAUGAUCAUGAAUGAGUUGAAGAUUGAAGUUGGCCAACGGAGUUUCAAUCAUGCACAGCAGAUGGAUGAGCAGCGCGUGAACCGGCAAAACAGACGCAACGCUUUGGAGACCAAAGAAGCUCGGAAAGCAAGAAAAGAGGAAAUGCAGGCUUUAAAUAAUGCUUAUGAAGAAGAGGAAGGAUUGCUGUAUGGUGCUGGAAUCGCUGAUUAACCAGUAAGCACUUUACUUCAUUGAAUACUGUUUCGAAUUUCUAGUUCUCGGUAAUUUUUUUUCAAACGCGUUUUUCUCGAAACUACUUUUUCUUCGUUUGCGGGAACUGUAGCUCAAACAAUUAUUGACCGAUCGUAUAACAAACAUGAAAACUUUUGUUAUUAAAUUUGGAAGAACAUGAACCAAACUGCGGAAGGAUAUCUUAAUUAGAAGUGUGUUUUUUAUUGCAAAACAAUUGCACAAAAAUGGUAAAAAUUGAAACUUUUUUUCAAACACCCCUAAAACAUUCAAUUUUCAACAUUUUCAGUUGCAAAGUGGUUCAUAUUCUUAGAAAACAUGUCAAUAAUCCAGAACAUUCGCCAUUUUUCUUUCAGAUCAAAACUGUGACCUCCACAUUUCCCGCAAAUGACCAACUCUGAUGACGACCUUCGAUAGACGGCAGCUUGUAUCUUGGACAUUUUUAUAGGAAACGACUUGAAAAAAAUUUCACAUGUAGUUGAAAAUAUGAACAAAAUAAUACCAAAGGUUAAAUAGAUUCCAAUUAUUUUAUCCGCCUAAAACAAAAUCGUAAAAAAAGCCUAAAAACAACCUCCUAAUGUGGUUU